AUGUCGCAUUCUGCAAGACGCAGGGAACAAACGCUGAGACGGCGUAGGGCAAAAUCGUACAACAACAAGGCCGCCUUUGAGGCCACCGUCGAACAAUCCCCGGCCGAGAAAACACGUCGACGGCAUCGUCGCCAUGUAAAUUUCACGCAGUUCGCACCUCCAGUACUGCAGAGUCGAAGAUAUUCAAAACGGAAAAAAGGAGCACUUUGGACCCUCUCCACUCCGCAUCGCCGAUUCUCCGCCGCCGGCAGAGAGGUGCCGCCGCCAAGCCUCCACCGGCGAUAUCUUCCGAGCUCUUCAAGAAAUACCUACCUUCUUGCUGACGGGCUGCAAGAUCUGGCAUUGGAUAGCAAACCUGGCUGCAUCCUCUUUGAAAUGGGCGUCGCAAUCUUGCUACUUAUUUGUACAAUUACCUUGAUUUUCAUCCGAAUUACGUACGUUGUUUACCAUACUGGUAAACCCAGGUCCGGAAAACCGCCUCCGCCUCUGAGUACUCUGAUCGUGCUGGGAUCAGGCGGCCAUACGGCGGAGAUGAUAAACCUGCUGAACCCUAUGCAGAUGGAGAGGUUUAAGCCGAGAUAUUACGUAGCUGCUGCAACUGAUAGUAUGAGUCUUCAAAAGGCUCGUGUGCUGGAGGAUUCUUUGAUGGACAAGACGAAAGAUUCUCACUUCAUGCAAAUUUACCGGAGUCGUGAAGUGGGCCAAUCGUAUGUGACCUCAGUUGGCACCACGUUAAUUGCUUUGACACACGCAUUGUGGCUCAUGAUCAAGAUCAGACCUCAAGUGAUAUUGUGCAAUGGCCCCGGGACUUGUAUACCACUAUGCGUGAUCGCGUUCAUUUUUAAGGUUCUCGGAGUCAGAUGGUCUUCCAUAUUCUAUGUUGAGAGCAUAGCCAGAGUUAGGAGGCUAUCGUUGAGCGGUUUGCUUCUCUACAAACUUCAUAUGGCUGACCAGUUAUUUGUGCAAUGGCCACAGCUGAAGAGCAAAUAUCCUCGGGCUAACUAUCUUGGCCGUCUAAUGGUCCGUCAGGUGGCAAUUUUGGGAUUGUAUUGGACUCAGGAUGAGAUGGAAGCUGCUAACUAUAGAAUUUGAAAUUUAUACGUCUAUUUAGUUGGAUAACUCGUGCAGAAUGAAUACGCUAAGCUGGUUUACCGAUACUCAUUUAGUGAAAUAUUUGUUAAGAACAUUGCUCAUAUUUCAUGUGUAAACCUUUUACUGUAUUCAAUCCCAUUUUUUAUUUGGUUAGUUUUAUAUUCUGAUUUUAAGUGUAAACCUUAA